ACAGUAAAGUGAACUAUAUAAGAUUCAGUGUAAUAGAGAGGCAGUAUAACAAAUUUAUACUGAGCAGAUUGCCAUUUGUUGGACAGAAAAGCAGCAACAUUUGCAAAGAAUGUUGAAAGGAAUAUUCCUGUGUGCACUCCUUGUUGUGCUCUCUGCAAACUCAAUGGCACAGCCAACAGGCUCUGCAGACCCAGAUGCAAUAGUGGAACGAGAAGUUCGGGAAUAUGUUUCUAGAGCCAUGGAUGCUUUCAGAAACGGAGCUUCGGUGAAUAAAAUGCGAGAAACACGGAAAAGCAUUCUGCUUUACCCGCAUCUUGGUCCUGUUCAUGCCAAGAAAGUCUUUCCAUUAAAAAAGCAGUGCUGACAAAUAUGGAUUUUCAAGG